AUGGCGAAUCUGACUGGUCUUCCCGCGGGAUCAUGGGUCGUUGUCACGGGGGCGAAUGGUUACAUUGGCUCCCAUGUUGUUAACACUCUACUUCAACUUGGAUAUCGAGUUCGAGGAACGAUUCGCACCCCGAAGCCGUGGCUUGACGUCUUGUUUGAAACAAAAUAUGGCCAGGGUGUCUUCGAGUCUUUCAUUCUUCCUAAUUUCGAUGACCAGGAGAUGCUGGACAAAUGCUUGGAUGGCACAUCUGGGAUAGUUCAUGUGGCUUCUGAUGUCUCAUUCAAUAAUGACCCGAAUUCCGUCGUUCCAUGGGUUGUGCGAGCAGUCGAAAAUGUCCUGAAGGCUGCUUCCAGACACUCUUCUAUCAAAAGAUUUGUUUUGACAUCGUCGUCUUCUGCUGUUCUAGUUCCUGCUGUAAACAAGAAAGGAGUUCGAGUUGAUGAAAGUACCUGGAAUGAAGAUGCCGUGAAAGCUGCAUUUGACCCAAAUGUGAAAACUGCCGAUAAGGCGUAUCUAGUAUAUGCAGCUUCCAAGACACUUGGCGAACAGGCGGCUUGGAAGUGGAUUGAAGAACACAACCCUCAAUUCAUUUUUAAUGCAGUCCUACCCAACUUCAACACAGGCGAAAUCCUUCACAAGGAAAUUGGCGGUUCGACCAUGGGAAUGAUUCGAGGACUUCUGAAGGGCGACAAGGGAUUAUUCGAUUUUCUGACACCUCAAUACUAUGUUGAUGUUGUCGACACCGCCCGCCUUCACGCCAUUGCUUUGCUCGCGCCCAAUAUUAGAUCGCAGCGUAUAUUUGCGUUUGCAGGUCCGUUCAACAUCACUGACACUAUUUCGACCCUUCAAAGACUUCGGCCUGACCGCAAGUUCGUUGAUCCACCGUCGGACGAGGGCCAAGACUUGACUGAUGUGGCACCGGCGGGCAAAGCCGAGAAGCUUCUGCAGGAAUUCUUUGGUCAAAAGGGAUGGACUCCUCUCGAAGAAAGCAUUGCAGAUGGUAUUCGUGAUCUAUAG